CCUGUCCGUCGCGCCGCGCCGAGCGUCGUCAGUUUCGCCGCUGCAGUCGUCUACUCUCAUCGUCACGAACCCCGCUCGCUCGCCGUCGCCGUUCAUUCAACUGGUAGAGUCAUCGUCCGCGUUUUCGGACCAGCUGUUCCCAUUUCCCACCGUUGUUGUUGUUGUUGUUGCGGUUCCUCCAGUGAAGUGUGUAAGUGUUGCGGAUUGUUUAAGAAAAAUUUGGUAUUUUUUCGGGAGUUUUUUGGGGGGAGUUUUGGUGUGUGACGCUCCUCAGGCGCUGACGAACUGAUUUUCAUCAACUGAAGUUCAAUAACCCACCGGAGAAAUGACUACCAACGGAGUUCCGGGCUUAACUUUGGGCAAUGGAUGCUCAGAGAAUGGAAUUGCCCGAGAAACACAAGGUGCUCUCUUUAAGCAUGUUGCAGCACAAGCUGAGUCUUCAGGCAACAAAGUCACAAUUGUUGGUGUAGGUCAGGUCGGCAUGGCCUGUGCCUUCACCAUCCUCACGCAGUCUGUUUCCCAUGACAUUGCUUUAAUUGAUUCAAAUGAGCAGAAACUUCAAGGAGAAAUGAUGGACCUCCAACACGGCUCCGUUUUUGUGAAAAGUCCAAAGAUACAAGCUAGUACAGAUUAUUCCGUGACGGCUAACUCAAGAGUAUGCAUCGUCACCGCUGGAGCUCGUCAAAAGGAGGGUGAGACUCGAUUGGAUCUGGUACAGCGCAACACUGACAUUUUUAAGAGCAUCAUUCCGCAACUUGUCAAAUACAGCCCAAAUACCAUUCUGAUCAUUGUCAGCAAUCCAGUUGACAUUCUGACAUAUGUUGCUUGGAAAAUCAGUGGUCUUCCCCGAAACCGAGUAAUUGGCUCUGGCACAAAUCUUGAUUCGGCAAGAUUCCGUUUCUUAAUAUCUCAGAAACUCAACGUUGCUGCUAGGAGUUGCCAUGGUUGGAUUGUCGGAGAACAUGGAGAUACAAGCAUUCCUGUUUGGUCAAGUGUGAAUGUCGCAGGAGUCAGACUCAUGGAUUUGAACCCUGACUUUGGGAAAGACAAUGACAAAGAAAAAUGGGCGUCACUCCACAAGCAAGUUGUUGAUAGCGCAUAUGAAGUGAUAAAAUUAAAAGGAUACACAUCGUGGGCUAUUGGUUUAAGCGUUUCAAUGAUCGUCUCCGCGAUCACCAAGAAUCUCAACACCUUACAUGCACUUUCUACUUUGGUUCAGGGUCUACAUGGUGUGGAUGAGGAAGUCUUUUUAUCAGUACCUUGCGUUAUUGGAGAGAACGGCAUUACAAGCAUCGUUAAACAAAUUCUUACAAAAGAAGAACAAGAGAAAUUGCAGAAAUCUGCUAAAUUAAUGCAUGGCAUUCAAGCUGAUCUUAAAUUUUGAAGGCAUUAUGUAAAAUCUCAGUACUUAAAAAUCAAAGCUUGUUUGUGUCACUGACUAAGAAUUAGGAAUUAACAACAAGCGUGAAACUAUUUUCACUAACAAGGAACUGUUUCUGUAUUAACUAAGAUGGCCGAUAUGCAAAUCUUGAUGUGCGUUAAAGAAAUUCACCUAGGUAUGCUGAGAGAGAGUGCUUAAAAGCAUUUAGAGACUUGAGAUAGAUUUGAAUACAAGACAUAAUCAUGCAGAAAAUGUCUCCAACUAUUGAAAGUUUGAUCUCAAAAUGAUGUUCCUAUUAUAAAAUGAGGAGAAAUCAGAAAGCAACUUUCAAAAUGAAAGUACGUACAUCAAAUACAUUUUUAACCUCAUAGCGCUCCCAAUAUGUAUAAUUAUCUUGUGCGAAAUGGGUUAAUAAAACUUCCUUCCACAGGGAAAUAAUAUUCUUCCAUUCAGGAUUUCUCUUGUUUAGUUAACAAUUACUUAAACCCAUAACAACACUUUUUAUACUGUAUUUCCUCAAUCACAGUUGUCGAUUUACUGGAUCAAUACAGAUAAGUUUUAGAAAGAAAAGACUUCAGCAUAAUUAAAGACACACUCAGAAGAGAUUCUAGGGUACAAAACUCUUUGGCAAGAAAAGGAAAAAAACAGUAUUGUUAAAAAUAUAUGUAUGAUUUUAUGUGUUUCUUUAUUUUUCAUUUUCUUAGCUACGUGCUAUGUUUUCAAAGUGCACAAUGCUUGUGUAAUGUGUAUUACUCCCAAUUAUGUAUAACUUUUUCUUUUUUCUUUUUUUCACUUUAUUAAAUUAUUUUAUGCUGAUAAGUAUUCUAUAAA